GGAUACAUGACUUGUUGAAAAGAGAGAAGAUGCUAUGCUGGGGAUACUCGUCUUUUGGACGACCUGGGAUAGGUAGCAACCUCCAGGUCAUCAUUCCUGAACCGCAGGUGUAUGGAUUCAUUCAUGACAGAAAUGUCAAGGAGGUGGCAUGUGGAGGAAACCACUCUGUCUUCCUGUUGGAAGAUGGGGAAGUGUAUACUUGUGGCUUGAACACCAAAGGCCAACUGGGACAUGACUGUGAAGGAAGCAAGCCAGAGCAAAUCGGAGCCCUGGCCGGGCAGCACAUCGUACAUGUGGCCUGCGGAGAGUCUCAUAGUGUGGCGCUCAGCGACCAGGGCCAGCUCUUCUCCUGGGGUGCCGGCAGCGAUGGACAGUUGGGCCUCACCACUAUAGAAGAUGCAGUGGCAGUACCAAGGUUGAUAAAGAAACUGAACCAACAGACAAUACUGCAGGUUUCCUGUGGAAAUUGGCAUUGCCUGGCUUUGGCAGCAGAUGGCCAGUUCUUCACAUGGGGGCAGAACAGCUAUGGUCAGUUGGGCUUGGGCAAAGAAUGUCCCUCCCAAGCCAGUCCACAACGUGUCAAGUCUCUCGAUGGGAUCCCUUUGGCUCAGGUUGCUGCAGGUGGAGCCCACAGUUUUGCCCUCUCCCUGUCAGGAGCUGUGUUUGGCUGGGGAAGGAACAGCUCCGGACAGCUGGGACUAAGUGAUGAACGAGACCGAGAAUCCCCUUGUCAUGUGAAGCUGUUGCGGUCUCAGAAGGUUGUUUACAUCAGCUGUGGAGAGGAACACACAGCAGUUCUGACAAAGAGUGGAGGGGUGUUCACGUUCGGUGCAGGUUCCUGUGGGCAACUGGGACAUGAUUCCAUGAAUGAUGAAGUGAACCCCCGAAGAGUUCUUGAGCUAAUGGGCAGUGAAGUAUCCCAGAUUGCUUGUGGAAGACAUCACACUUUAGCCUUCGUGCCUUCUUCAGGAAUGAUCUAUGCAUUUGGCUGCGGAACAAGAGGCCAGCUGGGAAUGGGGCACACUUGCAACGUUAAGUGUCCCUCUCCCGUCAAGGGUCACUGGGCAGCUCACAAUGGGCAACUCUCAGGGAAACCUGACGCCUGUAAAUAUCACAUUGUUAAACAUAUCUUCUCUGGAGGAGACCAAACAUUUGUGCUUUGCUCCAAAUAUGAGAAUUCCUUGCCUGCUGAUGAUUUCCGGACCAUAAAUGAAACACGUUACACCUGUUUAAUAAAUGAUGAAACUAUAGAUGUCUGGAGGCAAAAGCUUUUAGAAAAGAACAGUUCUAAUUCUGUCAAUAAUGUUGUUCAGAUACUGUCCUCAGCUGCCUGCUGGAAUGGAAGCUUCUUGGAAAAGAAAAUCGAUGAACAUUUUAAAACCAGUCCAAAGAUCCCAGGGAUUGAUCUGAACUCCACCAGAGUGCUGUUUGAGAAGCUGAUGAACUCUCAGCACUCCAUUCUCCUAGACCAGAUACUGAAGAGCUUUGAAAGUUUUCUGAUUCCUCAGCUGUCCAGCUCACCACCAGAUGUUGAGGCAAUGAGGAUCUAUCUGAUUCUCCCUGAAUUCCCACCCUUCCAAGACUCAAAGUAUUAUAUCACGUUAACGCUUCCUCUAGCAAUGGCUAUUCUGCGCCUAGAUACCAACCCCAGCAAAGUUCUUGAUAACUGGUGGUCUCAAGUGUGCCCAAGAUACUUCCUUAGGCUAGUGGACCUCUAUAAAGGCGCAGUGGUUUACCUCCUCAGUGGAAGAAAGACACUGUUGAUCCCAGUCCUGUUCAGUAGCUACAUUACAGCUGCUCUUAGACUUCUGGAGAAACUCCACAAGGUAAAUCAGAAGGUUAAACAUGUAGAAUAUGAUAAGUUUUAUAUCCCUGAGAUUUCCAGCUUGGUGGACAUUCAGGAGGAUUAUCUCAUGUGGUUCUUACAUCAGGCUGGAAUGAAAGUAAGACCAUCUAUCAUGCAGGAUGCUGUGACACUCUGUUCUUAUCCUUUCAUCUUUGAUGCUCAGGCUAAGACCAAGAUGUUGCAGACAGAUGCAGAACUACAGAUGCAGGUUGCCAUAAAUGGUGCAAAUUUGCAGAACGUCUUCAUGCUUCUCACCCUGGAGCCUCUGCUGGCCAGAAGCCCUUUCCUGGUACUUCAUGUCCGCAGGAGCAACUUAGUCGGUGAUGCUUUAAGGGAGUUGAGCAUCCAUUCAGACAUCGAUUUGAAAAAGCCCCUUAAAGUCAUCUUUGAUGGUGAGGAAGCUGUUGAUGCUGGAGGAGUGACAAAGGAAUUUUUCCUCCUGUUGUUAAAAGAACUCCUCAACCCCAUCUAUGGCAUGUUCACUUACUACCCAGAGUCAAACCUGCUGUGGUUUUCAGACACGUGUUUUGUGGAACAAAACUGGUUUCACUUGAUUGGCAUCAUAUGCGGCCUUGCAAUAUACAACUUCACAGUGGUAGACCUUCACUUCCCCUUGGCUCUGUACAAAAAACUCUUGAAUGUGAAGCCUAGCCUAGAGGAUUUGAAGGAGCUGUCCCCUACAGAAGGAAGGAGUCUUCAGCAACUUUUAGAUUACCCUGGGGAAGAUGUAGAAGAGACAUUCUGCCUGAAUUUUACAAUCUGCAGGGAGAGCUAUGGAGUGACAGAGCAGAAGAACCUGAUUGAAGAUGGAGAUAAAAUUCUGGUGCAGAAGGACAAUAGGGAAGAAUUUGUUGAAGCCUACGUAAAUUACAUCUUCAACCUCUCCAUCCAUGAGUGGUACACGGCCUUUUCCACUGGCUUCCUGAAAGUGUGUGGUGGGAAAGUCCUGGAACUCUUCCAGCCCACAGAGCUCAGGGCCAUGAUAGUUGGAAACAAUAACUACAACUGGGAGGAAUUGGAGGAGAGCGCUGUCUAUAAGGGAGACUACACUGCGACACACCCAACUGUGAGAAUGUUCUGGGAAACCUUUCAUGCAUUUCCCUUGGAAAAGAAGAAGAAAUUUCUCUUGUUUCUGACGGGCAGUGACCGCAUCCCCAUCUACGGCAUGUCCAGCCUGCGCAUCGUCAUCCAGUCCACGGCCAGCGGGGAGCAGUACCUGCCGGUGGCGCACACCUGCUACAACCUCCUGGACCUGCCCAAGUACAGCAGCAAGGAGGUCCUCAGCGCCCGCCUCGUGCAGGCCAUCGACCACUACGAGGGCUUCAGCUUAGCUUGA